AUGACAGAGGCUCAUGUUGGCUUUAUCCUAACAAGAACAAAUAAGACACCGAGUGCAACUGCAAGGAUUAAUGUACUGAUCAACCAUCUGUGGAAAAAGAAACAGGAGACGGAUAUCAAUGUAAAGUUGAGGAGAGAAGUUCAAGAAAAAGAGUUGAGCGUCCCUUUUUAUAAGAAAACACAAUCUGCUCUUGUCAUUACUGUGGUAUUUCAGUUUCUUAAGGCUUUCUUCCUUUACUAUAUUUGGUUAUUAGAGUGUAUUUACUGCUUAACUAGUGUCGGUGUUACAAUUAUGACAUCAAGUCAUAAAUUAGCUUUAGGACUUCCUACUAAAUUAGCUCCAUAUCGAUCUGACACAGUUUACCUGGCAUUGAAGAAGUUUUUAAGAGGAAGAAUUGAAGAUUUGAGAUUAGGAAUGAAGAUUCGUGAGAACUUGUGUAGGUUUUGUUUAUUGAGAAAGGAUUUUGUAUCAAAGUUUGAUCAGGCUCCUACACUGAACUACUACUGCUAUUUAUAUUAUUUUGGAUCGGGAAAAUUAUAUGACUGGGAUUAG